AUGAACAGUAGAAAACGAGUUAAAUCCGGACGAGAAAGCCGAAGGGGAGAACCGGUGACAAAGAAGCCAAAGACUUUCGGUCAAUUGCUUAAAUCGACGGUCUUCCCUAAAGAACACGCAAACUGUCCGUUCUGCGAUAGUCGGGUCUACAUACCAACCGUCAGGGAUUUUAUAACUGAUACCGAACAAGGAUCAAUGCUAGAAGAGGUGUCACUUCUACCUCUGGAAGACCUUACAAGUCUCAUGUGUGGCAGCACUGUUUACUCAUUGAUUAAAAAGACAGAUUUCGGGGCUCGUUUGAGGGAGACCUCCGCAAUGUUGCAAAACAAUCACGUUCUUCUAAAUCUGAGGGCAAUUGCAAACGAGGACGGGAUCAAAAGAGGCUCUUUUCGACUUCUUCGAUACGAAGGGUGCAAGUAA